AUGCAUCAGUUCCCAAUACUUUGGUUCUUGGGUACUUUUAGCAACGGAGAUUCUCCAAAGCUAAAGGUCAAUUUUCGCAUAGUGACAGCACCGAUGGGGGAGGGGCCAGGUGAAACUCAUAAGGGUUUAUCAGUGAGCGUUGGGGGAUCAAGAACUGAGGAGGUACUCACAAAAUUGCCAGAGACUAGGACUAUGGAGAAGGCGUUGAUAGACUGUGUCGAUGUUGAACAACAACUAGGAUUAUCUUUGUUCUCUAAGGGCCAACAAAAGGAUACAGGCCAUGUAGAGGUGGUGGACGAGGGAAAGGAGAAGUGCAGUUACAAAAGCAAAAGACGAGCCAAAAUGGUCAAUCCGUGA